AGUCACUCUUUUGAAUCAGCAGGAGAGCUAUUAACAGAAUCUUCCUUACUGAAGGUUUAUUCAGGAGGGAUUCUUCUAAGGACAAAACAAAUCAAACGAAGAUAAUUCUUCAGUUGACUGUUGGACAACAUUACUGCGUAGGAUACCAUAGAGGCACCUCUACCCCAGCUACCCAAAGCCUGUUGUUGAAAGAAGCACCUCUGGACAGAGAAAUCUAAGCCUCCGUAUCUGCUCUCCUAUGGGGACUGAACUAGAUGAUCUUAUGAGGUCCCUUCCAGCCCUACUUUCCUAUGAUCUAUUGCAGGGUUCACUCUCAGAUGUAGGCACAGAGAUUGUUCAUCUUCCUCUAGUAUCUUUCACAGACCAUGUCUUCUAUUAAGAUUGAGUCUGUUGUGAAGGACAAGAACCGGAUGGGAGAAUGCCCCAUGUGGGAAGAGAGGGAAAAUGUACUUGUAUAUGUGGAUAUUAAUGCACAAAAAGUUUGCCGCUGGAAUGCUGUCACCAAUGAAGUGCAGAGUGUGUCUGUGGAUGCUCGUGUUGGGUCAGUGGCCCUUCGAGAACGUGGAGGUUAUGUAAUUGCUCUUGGAACCCGGUUUGCCUUUCUAAACUGGGAAGACCAGUCUGUGACUACUAUUGUUGAACUUGAACAGGAUAAAACAAACAACAGAUUCAAUGAUGGGAAAGUGGAUCCACAGGGAAGGUUUUUUGCUGGGACCAUGGCUGAGGAGACAGAACCUGGUGUGCGAGCAAGACACCAAGGGGCCCUCUACACCCUCUUCCCUGACCAUUCUGUAGUCAAACAACUGGAACAGGUGGACAUCUCUAAUGGUUUGGAUUGGUCACUGGAUUGCCAAACUUUCUUUUACAUCGAUAGCUUGACAUAUGCUGUGCAUGCUUUCAACUAUGAUGAGCAUACAGGAAAGAUUGCCUGCCGUAAAACUGUGUACAAACUUGAAAAGGAGGAGCAAAUGCCUGAUGGGAUGUGCAUUGAUGCAGAAGGGAAACUUUGGGUGGCCUGCAUUGAUGGAGGGAGAGUGAUCCGUAUAGAUCCUGAGACAGGGAAACGAAUCCAAACAGUGAAGCUGCCAGCUUCAAGAAUCACUUCGUGCUGCUUUGGUGGAAAAGACUAUUCAGAAAUGUAUGUGACUUCUGCCUAUGAUGGGCUGGACAAGGAGGCUUUGGCAAAAGAACCUCAGGCAGGAGAGAUUUUCAAGAUAACUGGCCUUGGUGUGAAAGGAACUGCCCAAUACUUGUAUGAUGGUUAAAUAGUCGCUCUUCAUAACAGACAAAAUAAAGGCAUGACACUUGCAGGAGAGUUUUGGGAAAGGAAAAGUUCAAGUUGCAAUUUUCUAUGCAUAUCUGAAAACCUGCUUUCUUUACAGUUUAGAAGUACAUUUUUCUUCCAGUUUGGAAUCACAGCAUGGUACAACAGAAUUUUAGUAAAAGCAGAUAAAUGAGGUGUAACAUUAGAUGUCAGAAUAAAUUAAAAUGUGUACACAUUUAAUUAUUUUAUUAUAUAGCAUUAUCCUCCUUUAUCAUAUAUUGCAGAUUUCCUAGGUUUCCCCAGUGCCCCAGUUUCAUAUGGCAAGUUCUGGCCUUUAAUAUUUGUAUAGCUCAGAUGCUUGGUUUAUUUUAAUGAAUUAACUGUAAUGACACACUCUGAUUUUAGUAAACUUUUGCAAAUGUGCUAACUAAACUGCACCUCUGCUUUUGGAUUCCUAACAGGAACCUAUUUUUGCCAGUCAUACCUCUCAGUUUUUAGUUCUUUAUUUUGCCUUACUGUUGAUCUUUGGUCAUGUUGCUUGUGAAGAAGCAUCAGUUUCUGUAGUCAAUAGCACACAAAGGAAUGAUGUGGCUAGCUCCAUAUCUGGCCAUCUUGGAUUCCUCAGUUACCUCUGUAUAGGUGAUUUGACUGGAGAUGUGGCCUUUGACCCGAAUCCAGAGCAAAGACUAAACUCAUAAACCUGGAGCUGUAGCAAAACCCCUUCAGUGCUUUGCCACACAACUAAGCAUUGCCUUUAAGAUAACUUUGGUAUUUCUUUUGUCUAACCAGGAAGAUCUACUAUGUACCUUACUAAGGAUGGGAUCUUCUGGAGUUGUCUUCUAAACUCAGCACUCCUGCCUCUUAGGACCGUUAUGGGCUUUGAUUAAAGAAGGGGGCGGCUGCCUUUCAGCAGAAUCCUAUUUCUGGGACUUUCUGUUUUUGCUCCCUGUGCUUGGCACUGACCAGGGCAGGGUAGCACUGUUCAUGGCUUAACCUGCACCCCCGCCCCCCCAAGUGUGGGUUCCCACAUCUUGUGCCCAGAUCAAAUAACCUUCCUAGUUGCCAGUGGAGUUCAGCUUCCCCUGUAAGGACACAUCUCUCCUCUUUCAGCUGCUAUUGGGCAUCCUUGUCCCAAGAUCUGGAUCAGCCAUGGGGUAACCUCUGAGUCACUGCUCCAUAGAACCAGUGCGCCUUGCUCCUCCUGUCAAAACAAAUGCAAUUGCUGGUGGCGAAUAGGGGAAGCUCUGGGGAACCAUGCUGCCCAGUCUUCCAACUCUAGUCCCUGUGUGGGACGGGGAUGCAAUGAACCAGCAAAGGGGCACCUGCGCUCUGCCAGGGCCAGCAUCAAUGCUGCCCUGGUUACAGCAGGGAGAGACGCAGCUGGAUCUGGUGCUGCUGAGCCCUGCGGGUGCUGGGAAGCAUAGAGGUAGCUCUGUUGUAGCUGCUGCUGAGCUGUCAUAGCAUAAGAGUCUUUCCUGGGUUUGGCUUGGAUGGAGGGUGUAAAGGAGCAAAGCUGACAAGAGGAGCAGCAGCUGUGAGGGUCAGUACUGUACUUAGCUCUGUAAGGAGGAGAAAGGCAGUCAGGUGUUGAGGUGUGAGCAGCCUUGGAACUGCACAGAAAAACAAGGCUGUAUGUGUGUGGGGACUGGGCCAGGACAAAGUGGGAGAGGCAGCAGAGCAGUUCCACCUGGUAUCAGGGCAGCACAGCAUCCUUAAACGGAUCUUGUAGCACAGCUCCCUGGCUGAGAAUCGCUGAUCUACGGUUAGUGAACUGAACUUCUGGUUACUUCUGGUCCUUCAAAUGUUUAGAACUCGUAGAUCUGAGCCUCUGAUUUAAAUAAAUACAUAUUAGGGGGGAAAAAAGGAAAAAUUCCAUUCUGCCAUGGGAAAAGAGGUAGUAACCUAAGAAGUUCAGCUCCUCACAGGAACUCACAGUUUGGAUUUUAACAUCUAGGAAUU